CAAUCAUCUAUACAAUGAUAAAUUCUACUAAUCAAACUCCUACUAUUAUACGUCUCAUCCUACAUAUGCUAAUCCCAUAAAUUCAACAUAUAGUCCAUAUAGUUGUGUCCUUCAAUUGUUUUCUCCACACAACCAAGAAAAUGCCUUCAUCACUACCUUCUCUAUCUUCAACCUCAAACCCAUAUCUCCAUACUCUUCUUGAAUCAUGCCGUCCUUUCCUUCGUGGUGAACUCGAAUCCAUCGACAAAAAUCUCCCAACUCUCAUCACAGUCUUACGUUCCGUUGGCGCUGGUGAAUGUUGGCACAAACAUGGCAGCUUUCUCGACCACUUAAUCGAUAUUUACAAGAUUCUUAAAAUAUGGAAAGCACCAGAUUCUGUUUGUCUUUGUGGUCUUUUUCAUUCAGCUUACUCUAACUCCUAUGUUAAUCUUGCUAUCUUUGAUCCUAAUACUGGUCGUGAAACUGUACGUGCUCAUGUUGGUGAUGAUGCUGAGAGGUUAAUUCAUCUUUUCUGUAUUGUCCCUAGGCAGCCUUUGAUCCAUGAUGACUUGUUGUUUAAGUAUAGUGAUUUGGAACUUAUUGAACACCUUAAGAUUUCUGAAAUUUCGGUAAAAAAUGCUAAGGAAAAGAGUUUGUUUAAUGAAGAUGAAGCCUGGAGGAAGAAAUUGCAGUCAAUUUUGCCGGAAAACGGUAUAACAGUGAAGCAUAUUAAGACAGGGGAAGAUGUGUUGGUUUCCAGGAGAUUAAUAGCUGUGUUUCUCCUCAUGACAAUGGCUGAUUUUAGUGAUCAACUGUUUAAUUUUCAGGAUUUAUUGUUUGAUAACACCAAUGGUAGGUUGGAAUUUACUGGAAACAAUUCUCAAAUAACUCUAUGGCCUGGUGAUGGAAAACCAGGGCUAUGGAUGAAUUCUGUUUCAAGAAUGGGAGCUAUUUACAGUUUAAUAGUCAGAGAAGAAGAGAUUAUGAUUGAAAAAUGGAAGAAAAAUGGCGAAAAUGGGAUUGUAGAAGGGAGAGAUGAAGAAAUUGAGCUUGUAAUACCACCAGUGUUUGAAAAUUGUACAAGAGUUUUGGAUGCACAAGAGCAAAAAGAGGCAAGAGAGUUAUAUUGGGAAGGUGUUUGUGAAGGGUCUAAUAGAGGUUUAGAUUGGGCUGAGGAGAAGUUAUUGAAAAGUGUUGAGAAGAAUUCUUUUGUGGGAGAGCCACAUGUUGUAUUGGGACAGAUUUAUUUAAGUAAAGGGAAGUUUGAAGAGGCAGAAAAAGAAGCUGAAAAGGGGUUAAGACUUAUAUUGGAAUGGGGGAGUCCAUGGGAUAAGAGAAUGUCUUGGGAAGGUUGGAUUGCUUGGACUAGAGUUUUGUUGAUGAAGGCUAAAGAGAAGUCUUGGCCACAAAAUUCAUGGGGUAUUCUUAAUUUGGGUCUAGUUAGGUAAACUAUUUUUUUUGUUUGUUUAUAUUGAAUGUCUAAGAUUUAGUUCAAGUUGGUUAUCUAGUGUUUCUAAUAAAAUCUAGGGAAAGAUCCUUCCUUCGCGUCUAAAUUAUCUAUCAAUCUGUUUGUUGAGUAUCGGACCCUUGAGGUGUUACUUCUUCUUUUGGUUCAAGUUGGUUGACUAGUGUUCCUUAAUAAACAUUAGUGAAAGCAAUUAAAAUAAAUAAGAUGCUAGCGGACUUAUUUGGUAUCCGUGAUGAUUUUUGUGA